GGUAGAUAAUGCAAUCAACACGAACUAUUUUUGUAGUGAUUUCGGAAACGGCGCUGAGACUCUGACUUAUCAGUGGUUUUUUGUUUGCGGUCUCUAGUGUUUACCCCUGAACCCUCCCCAUUUCUCGUGGCUAACACGGCUGCACGGCUACGCGGAUAUCAUCGUCAGCCAUCGAACUUCAGCCCACACCAAAAGGAUGCACGCGCUAGGGAGUAGGCAGAUCGGAAAGACGGCAUGUGGAGGAUGCCCCAUGGGCGGCGGCGCGAGUGCCGUCAAGUACCCUUUUUAUAGUGGUUUGCUGCUCAUGAUACCUACGCCAAAUGCCCAAUAAACUUUGGCAGGAGUCUUAUAGAAAGGGACUGCGAAUCGCUCACGGGCUGCCCUGGAUGUGCGCUCGACUACCUAUCUGCAGCUGCACAGUAUUGAAGGAAGGAAGAGAGCUGCUUUGCUCCUUCAAAUGUUUCAACAGAAAUUCAUUCCUCAAUUCCUCCUUCCUGUGAAUAAAAAAGGAAACUUGAUUCAUAAGGUACCUCAUGCUUCUGAGGUGGUGCACUCGAGGCUGAGACAACUCAUCCAUCUCCAUCAACACAUAUCUCUUCUACACUGCAUUCCAUUCCAUUCUAUCUAUCACCAACUCUCUUCUCUUCUCUUUGCUUUUCUUCUCCUCUUGUCAUUCAUCACUUGCUGCAAACAAUUUCAACUCCAACUCUUCACUCGCCCAUUGCCCCAGUUCUUCCACCUUCAACUACACCAACAUGUCGAUGUAUUCAUCUGGCGUCAAGCCUAGAGAGAUACCUCCAAUUUACGACGAGGUAAUGCUGGCUCGAAAAGGCCAGGAAAUCCGCCAUGCAAGCUCAUCAAUGCCCUGGUGGAAUCCUCGAUACUGGCGAAAGAGAAUCUGGGCCGCUAUUAUCAUAGUCAUCAUUGUUAUAGUGAUAAUAAUUGUCGCCAUCGCUGUGGAGAGAGCUAGAAAGAAUAUUUAUCCUGACUACACACCAUUAUCGUACAGCUUGGAAGAUACAUAUGGAGGUGAAUCCUUCUUUGACCAGUUCAACUAUUUCACAGGAUACGACCCCACUGAGGGCUUCGUUCAUUACGUUCCAGAAGCGCAAGCAAAGGAACUUAAUCUCACAUAUGUUACGCCUAGCACUGCCGUUCUCCGAGUCGACACUUCUGUAGGCCCCAGCAGCAAGCCUAAUGCGUCUACGGGUCGCUUUUCUGUCCGAAUCGAGUCCAAAAAGACAUACGAGAACGGCCUCUUCAUCUUCGACGUCAAGCAUACUCCUUAUGGCUGUGGCACAUGGCCGGCCCUUUGGCUUACUGACCGUUACAACUGGCCAAACCAUGGAGAAAUUGAUGUGAUGGAGUCGACAAACAAAGCUGAAGACGGGAAUCAAAUGACCUUGCACACUACUGGCGACUGCUCAAUGGACGUACGCCGCGAGGAGACAGGAAAGACACUACAGAAAAACUGCAACCACGAAAAGGACGAUAAUGCAGGCUGUGGCGUUCUUUCAAAGCCUUCGGGAUACGGUACCGUCUUCAACAAGAAUGGAGGAGGCGUGAUGGCGGUUGAAUGGCGGCAUGAAGGCAUUCGCAUGUGGCAGUUCGGUAGAGACUCUAUACCAUCAGAUAUCAAAGGAAACAGCCCAAAACCCAACACUUGGGGUACUGCUGUUGCCGACUUUCCCAACACGCAUUGCGACAUUGGCACGCAUUUCAAGAACCAGAGCAUCAUUGCCAAUAUCGACCUGUGUGGUAGUCUUGUUUAUCACGUUUGGGACGACUCUGGAUGUUCAGGCAAAUGCACUGAUCUCGUCGCCAACAACCCUGAAGCAUUUGAGAAUGCUUAUUGGGAGUUUGGGACUUUCCAAGUAUACCAGGCAAGUUAAGCCUGAGUUUGUCCAAAGCAGAUCGUGUGCUACUUGCUCUUUUGAAAGCGCGGCGUUAAGAACAAGGGGUCUUCAAGUUGCAAUUAUGCGAUAGGCAGUCAUUGCAGACAUAUAUUCUUUUGCUAAGAUUACAGUGUAGACUCGUGGGUACACGAGCAGCUCCUCUAUAAAGCUUGGGUCUUAAAAUACCUGUUAAUACAAUUGCCAUAUCGUCAUCUCCAUA